AUUUAUUGGAUCUCAUCGGUGCCACCUAAUCUGUAUAAAUACUGAGAGAAGGAUUCAUUCGGCCUCACAGACGUCACAGAUCAAAUCAGGCAUCUGAGCUUCCUGUCAUCAUGAGGGUGUUUGCAGUGAUCCUCGCUCUUGCAGUCAUCUCAGGAUCCCGUGCUCGAAGCGUUCUCCAGGACGACUGGCAGGGCACGUGGGAGGUGACGGUGGAAAGGUUCAAUGAUUACAUCACAGAGCUGAAUUCGAGGGCUGAUGGAGUGGUGAAGGACAUCAAGAGCUCCCAGAUCAGCCGAGAGCUGGACACCCUGAUCCAGGACAGCAUGUCGGAGCUGGCCUUGUACCGGGACGACAUGCAGACCAAGCUGGCCCCCUACACCCACGAGGCUGCAGAGCGCUUCGGGAAAGACCUGCAGCUGCUGGUGGACCGACUGCGCGGACACAUGACCGACGCCCGUGGCCAGAUGGAGAACUACCUGCAGGAGUUCCAGACCAUGAUGGAGCAGAACGCCGACGACGUCAAGGCCCGAGUGUCCACCUACACCCGGAAGCUGAAGAAACGCCUCCAGAAAGACACCCAGGACAUCCAGAGACACGUUUCCGACUACAUCGAGGAGCUGCAGAGCCGCGCCUCAGACAACAUGGAGAGCAUGAAGACCAGACUGGACCCGUACUUCACUCAGGUACGGGACAACGCUGAGGCCAAGAUCACCACCCUGAACGAGCUGCUGAAGACGCAGGUGGACAACGUGAGGGACCAGGUCCAGACCGCCGGCGAGGACCUGCGCGCCGCCCUGGGCGCCAAGAUGGAGGAGCUGCGCAACUGGUUCGAGCCUUUUGUCACCAUGAUCAGAGAAAGCAUGUAAACUGGGAUCAGAAACCAGUUCAUGUGACAGAAUUCACCAAUAAAACCAGUUACACACCAGAUGUUUGGCUCCUCAACACAAUUACUGUUAAAAUGCUGAGAUCUUCACAAAUAAAAGCUCAGAAGAAAAACACUCCAAA